CUGUUUGUUUACCAACAUUCUUCAAAAUGUCUUUGUUUGUGUUCAUUAUAAGACAGAACGUCUUAAAGGUUUGUAACAAUUUGAUGGUGAGAAAAUGAUAACAUUUUUGGGUGCACUAUCCUUUUAACGGAAUUAAAAUUAUAUACAUACACACACAUAUAUAGGCAACACUUCUCAUUUACAGCUAGUUUAACAUUUAUUAAAAUAAUUAUAAAAAAAGUAUAUAGACAACUAAUAAAAACUAACAAAGUUUUUAAAAUGACAAAAAAACUAAAUCACUAAACUUGAACUAAAAUGAAAAUGAAAUUCAAAAUAUGACUAAAAACUAUAAUAGUAUCUUAUAUACUAAAUUUAGUUAUACUAAAACAACAUUGAUUAGUGGUUUAUAAGUGAAGUGACGUGACAUACAGCCAAGUAUGGUGACCCAUACUCAGAAUUCGUGCUCUGCAUUUAACCCAUCUAAAGUGCACACACACAGCAGUGAACACACACACACCAUGAACACACACCUGGAGCAGUGGUAAAGUGGUAAAAAUGGUAAAGUGUUUUUAUUUGUGUCAUUACCACCUUAUAUCGUUUUCAUUACUUAAAAAUCUACACCAUCACCCAUUAUAACAAAAUCCACUUGAUAUUUUGCAGGAUGAUUGAUAAAAUUUUAUAAAAGAAACGUUUCAUCCAUGUGAAAACAUCUAUGUAGUAAAAAAUGCCAUACUCCUAUACAUACUGUAGUCUCCUCUCCUAAAUUAAUAGUAUUUCAGGUUUUUUUUUUUUUAUCUCACAACAACCCUCUGUCUCUUUUCCUCAUCUGGUAGUUGAGAGUGUGAUCGAGCAUGUGCCCGACGAGGGAAAGAUGAGGUAACUGGAGAGAAAACAGACAGAGACAAGGAGGAAGAGCAAGGGAGUGAACCAGAGGAGCCACAGUAUGUCACAGCAGCUUGAGAGGAGAUUGGCCCACUACUGGCUGAACAGAGAAAGACAAUGGAGCUUGAAGUAAUUAAGUUCAUUACAUAAUGAAGACUCUAUUUUUUGAAUGAGUCAUAACAGCGAAUGGACAUCUGACAUGUCAAGCAGUGACAGAAUGUGAAUUGGAAGAGAAAUUAUUGAACAUGAACUAAAGUCAUCUAAGAUUGAGGAGUUGCUUCCUAAACGCAUAAGCAACCGUGAGCAGAGAGACAUUCUGACAUUGCUUUGUAAGGUUCAUGAGCUGGAACUUGAAAAAACUGAAAUCCAGUCAACUGUUCUCUGCAAAGAAAAUGUUCUCCGAACAAAAGACUUCAUCAUUCAGCACCAUGAGCAGCAACGGACACUCUGUGAUGACAUCAUACACCAGCAGAAGGCUCUGGUUCAAGAUCAUGGGCUUUGUGUACCUGAGGAAUUACAAGAGCUUUAUUCACCAUACUUUUGUGAAUUAAGUGAUGGAAUCUUUGACCAAAUAUUCAACCUUCAUACUUUCACCACAAACCCCAGAGCUGAUCACUCUCUUAUGAUUAUGGCCAGCCAAAUGAGACUUGGUGUGAUCUCUGAUUUAGAAGAUGUAGAUAAAACACAGCAGAACAACAGGAAGUACAGUCCUUUAGAUAAACAUCCCCAUGAUUCUUCUUCCUCUGGGCUGGAUUAUGACAGUGACAGUAACAGAGUUUUUAAAUCACUGUCUAAACUUAAGCCACAGAGACGGCACCACUUAUCUACUAGCCCAACUCUUUCAAUGAAGGUUUGUGCUGUUAAGGAUUUGACUCCUAUAUGUCCUACUGAAGCUGUGAGUCCAGACACUCUGAGGGAAAUUGUGAGUGACACCAAGAGCAUCUCAGUCAUUGCAGCAAAACGUCGCUCAGACCUAGCAAAGGAGACCAACUCCAGAGUCGCUGGUCUGGCUUUGGCCUCAGGGCUCAAGUCCUCAGUGAGCAUGGACAGUCUAGAUUCUACUUUGGCAGAUGAGUCGACUGAGGUCAAAAGAAACCCCCCAAGACAUGGAAGCAAGUCCCAGUCAAAACAGGACUUAAAGACAUCAGAAGGCAGAAUGGAGCUCUCUGAGAGAAACCAGCACAAGAAACAGUCCAGAUCUUUUGAAGCAAGCGAAAGGGUAUGAGCACAUCUAUGUGUACCUCCAUCUCUGUUGCUUUAGUGAGUUUUGAAUUAGCUAAAUAUACAAAGAAAUUAAUACUUUUAUUCAGCAAGAAUGCAUUCAAUUGAUAAAAAGUGACACU